AUGUCUUGCGCCACCAAGCAAAACAAUAGCCACUCCUACGACACUAUCAUCAUUGGAGCUGGAGUAUCAGGCCUUGCAUGCGCGGCACGUCUCUUCCAACAUCAGGCCCGCACAAAGUCAAACCGCUCAAUACUUGUCCUCGAAGCUCGCGACCGUAUUGGAGGCCGUGUCGGAUCAGUACGUGUCAAUGGCUGCCGUCUUGACACCGGAGCGAACUGGAUCCAUGGCAUUGGGACCAAGGAGCGGCCGAAUCCGCUGAUGGAUAUACUGCCGAAGAAAAGAGUAAAGCAGCUGAGUGGGAGUGUUGCCUUCAAGCCUCCUCCGCCGCCGCAGGAUGGGAAGAGGGAUGAAGAUGGGUGGGAGCUGGUGAACCCUCCUGCCGAGACUGGCACGCCCGAGCCUGCUUCAGCUAAAGACGAUGACAGAGUGAUCCCACCAGAGAUCGCCGGUGAUUUGAUGGGAACAAUGUGGAUGCUCUUCGACAGCUUGCACGAGACCGCAAAUAGCACUUCGGCGGACAAAGCGAAGUCGAUCACUAUGCUAAAGGCAAUAGCCGACUUGGAAGUCUUCCAGAACGCUUUCAAUGAGGUACCUGAAUCGUAUCACGAAGCUCUGCGGGCGAUGCCGCAGUUCAUUGAGAACAUGGAAGCAGCACCGCUUGUAGCGCAAUCAGCAGAAACAGACACUGAUGCUCCGGGCAUGGGUUUGCUGGAAUAUGCUAUCGACGACUUCGAUGGCGAUCAGGUAUUCGUGCAGGAUGGCUAUACUGCAGUUGUGGAGGAUUUGGCAAAGGGUGUUGUCGAUUCUGGACUGGUCGAGCUUGGAGCGGAAAUCGAGUCAAUCAGAUGGGACAAGAGCCCACUCACGGUCAGUAUCAAAGAUAGAAGCACCUUCGAGGCCAAGAACGUUGUUUGCACGUUGCCCCUAGGUGUGUUGAAGGACCGACACGCCACGAUAUUCGACCCACCACUACCGAAGGAGAAACGAGAAAGUAUUGAGUCGCUAGGAUUCGGCACGCUUGACAAGGUCUUCUUGGUGUACGAUCGUGCUUGGUGGACUGAGGGACCGUUCAAUAAAAUCAUUGGAAAAGGCGUGGUACGACCGCCAACAGAGUCGGAGUCGACUGUCGACACUUCUGCCAAGGAGCCCGACAUUCUCAUGGGAUAUACCCACGACUUGGCUGGACUUGCAAUACAUCCGAAUGGCAAAUCAGAACCUGGGAUGCGGAAUCUAUCUCUGAUCAAUCUACAUUCUCUGACCGGCUUCCCUGUGCUGUCUUGCUUUGUGUCCUGCGGCAACGCAAGACACAUCGAAAGCUUAUCAGACUCUAAAGCCCAAGCACUUCUCCACGACAACCUGACGACCUGGUUCGGGCGGGAGAUCCCAAAGCCGGCUGGCGUGCAUGUCACCAGAUGGGCGGACGAUCCAUUCUCGCAGGGCAGCUAUAGCCAUAUGAUCACGGGCCGGUCGGAAACGAAGCAUAGGGUGGACUUCCAGAAGGCGAUUGAUGUUGACGAGAUUUCGAGGCUCGGGUUUGCUGGCGAACACACGAGCAAGACACACUUCGCUACCGUGCAUGGUGCGCUUAUUAGUGGAUGGAGGGAAGCGGAUGCCAUCAUUGAAGGAUGGGAAAAAGGCCUGAGCAUUGUUGAUGGAUUAGACGUGUAG